ACUGAAGCGCUUGAGAUGGAUUUAAAUCUUGAACAUUUGUCCAGAUAGUCGAGGUCCAGCCGCAAUAUCGCGCAUCAUGAGUGUAAUGUAGGCUGCUGCUGUCGUCGAAAAAAAAAACACGAGACAUAUGGACUCGUACGAUUCCGGAUGAAAACCAACAAAUGAAAAAUAAAAGCCCUCAGGCCGUAAACAACACAAGCGAUGAAGCUCGACAAAGUACGGCAGAUGCAAGGGAAAACUCCACUAUCCGGCCAGACAAACAGCCAGCACCACUUUAUCAACAGCAGCAGCAGUAAACAUCACUCUGGUGGAAGAAAACACCAUCAGUCUGCCAGUUCCUCAGCGACGAUUACAACCAGACACCAUUCAGUCACCACCGAUCGUACCGCCUACGCCAACAUCACCACCAGAGGCAACAUCAGCAUAUCCAACAUCGGACAUCCGCCGGAAGCGUUCCAUCGCAGCACUACCUGCUUUCCGGUGGAAGAGACCAUCAACGCAGCAGCAUCUUCCUUUUCAUCUUCACCACAAGAAGUGAACCAGCCGCGGCCGCGGAAUUAGCAUUUUUUCUCCCAAAACGGAAGCGCACCAGGCGGCGGAAGCGGCUCAGGUGGGUCACAAUGAAUCAGAGUGGAAUUGAUGUUGGAUGUGAUCAAUAAAAUAUUAUAAUGCUACAAUUAAGCCCCAGAUGUUUCAUUUUUCAUAACAAAUCUAUUUAAAUUCGAAAGAAGAACGGAUUACUUUCAUUUCAUUGUCUAGAAUAAUCAUUUUUAUCAAAUUACGAUUGAAUAACUUUCAUUGGAAAUUCCUAUAAAAUUUAUCGGGACGCUAAACUAUACGCGCAAAAUUUUGCGCUCACUAAUAAAAAGUAUUGGAUUUUCUAGUAGUGCAAAAAUACUAGAAUUCUCAAUACUGUUUAUAGCCCGAUUUUGCUC